AGGCGGUAAGGAGUUCUGUUGGGGGUCGAGUGUAGGGCGAGUUCCCUGCGGAGGGAGAUGUUUGUAAGGAUGGGGGAGGGAACGCUAGUUUUCAUCUCUCUCUUGUGGACUAUUGCAGCGGGUUUGUCCCACGACGGCUGCGACGAUGGCUGGGUGGCCUUGCACCACCACUGCUACUACUUCGGGGUUCUGGAGGGGGAUGUGACACCUGCCAUCAGCGCAUGCAGUGCGAAGGACGCUCACCUGGCCAGUCUGUGGGGCGGGGAGGAGAGGGACUUUGUAGUGGACAAACUGUGGAAGCCUGAGGCCCCCCGGGACGGCUUUGUGUGGCACGGCCUCUACGGCACGGCAGACAACGACUGGGCGUGGCGAGACGGCUCCGACUAUAAACCAGGCCACCUUGCUACAGCAGUGUCAGGAAGUUCCGGGAACAAGACCAACAAGUGCGGCGCGUUAAAAGGAAUAGGCAACUAUGCCUUUCUCGACUGCACCAUGGAUGCCCAGGCCUAUGUCUGUAAGAAAGCUCUAUCGAUGGUAUACUCAACCAGUUCCAUCGCAAACCAUUCUGCCGUCAGCGACCACUUUCAACUGUUCGAGAGACUUGUACCACCAGUGUUAUCUGCCCUUCCCUCGGCGAGUCUUCAGAUCGCUCAGAUAGAUGUCGCCUCGGAAACAGGAUGUGCUUACUACUGCUUCACGCUCGAGACGUGUUCAGCCUUUCAGUACACGUGUGUGACAGCGUCGGCGUGCAAGACGUACACGUGUAAACUGCUGCAUGGUAUGUAGUGGACGAAGCCAGUCAUUGAAACCAUGGAAUAGGGAUAUGGAUUCCAUAUUUAACAUUUGUAAUUGUAAUACAUGAACUUCUCUACCAAUAUAAUGAAAUAUACCGUGAAGAGUGAUCAGAAAUUGGCGCGGUUUUGAAAACGAUAUGCAAAUGCGUCGUUAAUCCCUUUUUGAAAUAGUCUGGCAAAAUUCACUUUGCCGAUGAGACAAAUUCAGAUAUUCACGAAGUAGAUUGAUACAAGCGUAUAUAUAUUUAUUUAUUUUUAAAAUACAUGCUUUUCGUUUCCAUAGCAGUUUAUUGCUGGUGGUGUUGCUCUUUUUAGUCUUUUUUUCGAUUUUUCGGGGUCUUUCUUAAAUACAAGCCGUCAGAUGUUUCACGUUAGAUAUAUUCUGGACUUUUGGUUUCUCGAGAUUGCAUUUGAGAUCAGGUGGCAUUUGUGUAUCUGAACACUUAUCUCUCUGCCAAUAAGGGAUUACAACAAACAAUAAUUGUAACUGUCGAGAAUCUAGAAACAGUUAACGUAUUAUAUUCAAAUUUGAUUUAAACAUAACUCAUAGAAAGUCUCACACAACGCUCCAGGACGGUUAUGCAUCACUUCAUGUAUAUUGUCAAUAUUCCGUCCAUACGAUCCAUGUACAUUCAUUUGAAAUAAACGAAAUUUAACUGGCACAAUAUGUUUUAAACAA